GUGGUCGUCCUCAUCCUACUCUGUCAAGUCUCAACGAAAAACGAUUCACGUCAAAUGUAUUUAUUUGGAGAUUUCUCUUGGAUUUCUUAAAUCUUUGGGCCAAGAAGUUUUUUCCAUUGCAAUUCAAAAAUAACUACCUCAGUUAUUGGCCUCCAGGCAUAACUGUACGAAGUGUCCUAGUUCACGGAUCAGUGGUUAGCCCAACUGUAACCUAUACUAUAUGUUGUCCUAACGUUAUUAAGUUUAUUUGCUGAACAAAAUGGACGGAAUUCGUGGAGAAGUCAGUAACAAAAUAAGAUCAGCUAUUAAGGCGAAAUUAAUGGAGCUCGGUGCAUAUGUUGAUGACGAACUUCCUGACUACAUCAUGGUCAUGGUUGCAAACAAAAGAUCAAGGCAACAGAUGGAGGACGACUUGCAGCUCUUUCUAGGUGAUAGUACAUCUACAUUUACAGCCUGGUUACACACAGUUUUAAAUAAGCUGCAGCAAGUUACAGUAAAUAACACAGAACUAAAGAAAGGUUCAGAGAAGAAAAGACCCUCCAUUGAUGAUGAGAAAAAGGACAAAAGAAAAAAACUAAAGAAAGAAAAGGACAAAGAGAAGCCCGAGAAGCUUGGAAAAGCUCAAGAGAAGAGUAAAAUUAAGAACAGUGCUGGUGAAGACAAAACCGAGGACACAAAUCGUUCACAAAUUCAAGGCAAGCAAAUCAAAAGUGAGCCUGUUGACCGAGCAGUUCCUGAAGCUUCCCUGCAAAGUAAACUUUCCACUCAUGUCAAUCAUCAAUCAGCUAGUUCAAUUACUUCGACAAUUCAAGAGAGAAAUUCCUCCGAAGCAAGGGCCAAUGAAGAGGAGGAUGAUGAUGAUUUCAUUAAUAUUAAAGCCGAUGUCGAAGCAGAUAUGUGGGGUGAAACAGAUGAGACAGCUGCUGCAGCUAAAAAUUUGAAUAAAAGUGUAGCUGCUCCACCCCCCUCAAGGGAAUCUAAACAACAGGAACCAAAGGAGCAGGAACUCAACAGAGAUCAAAUGAACCCAGCAGCAUCUGAGAAAUUGACAUCAGAUUCAAUAUUACCAGAUGCAGCUUCAGUAUCAGCUUGUGUUUCACCUUCCAAGAAUAUUGAGUCCAGACCUGCUCCACGUAUAAUAAAAAUAUCGGAGACAAUUCGGCAAGAACAGGAAACGAUGAAGCCAUCUUCUAAGGCUGUCAGAGACCCUCAGGGCUUAGCAAAGCGAGUGUUCCAGUCCCAUAUUGUCAGCUUGAGGAAUGCACAAGAAAAAACAGACAGAGACAGGACUCUAGGGCGGAGCUCCUCAUCUCAUUCUAAUGAUAAUCACUCUCGAAGAACUGACCAAAGAAAUAGAAAACGCGAGGACCUAAGAGAAACUCUUCGUAAAGAGCGGCAGAGAGAGAGAGAGCGUAGUAGAGACCGGGAACGAGAGCGUAGACGUUCCGGGGAUGGAGCACGGAAGGCCCAGGCUAGAGGAGAUUCUAGUUCAGGCCGUGCAUUUUCGUCUCACAGGGAUGAAAACAGCCCAGAUCCGUCUCUGUUGAGUGUUGUUCGAGUGACACCGCGCCCACAGAUGCCGGCUGCUCUCCAAGCGAAUCGAUCACUCAUACUCAAAGCAGUAGCUGAGGCACAGAAGUCUGUUUCUAAACCUGUUGUCCGCCCUGAGCUGGCUGAUGUAAAAACUCGAAUUAAACCGCUGCAACUCAAACGAUCUUUGAUGGACAAAGGUCGAAUCCGUAAGCAACUAAAUGUGCAGACACUAUCUUCAUUAAAGAAAAGUCAGUCUAAUUCAAAACAGUCCGCUCACCUUCCAUCCAGAGACGCUCUGAGGAAAAUGUCCUUCACUGUGCUUGGACAAAAAGCAGCACCAUCUCAAGAGUUUCAAGGAGCAGAAUUUGGUGACAUUAGUGAUGAGAGCUCGAUCAUCAUAGACCCCUCUCUUAACAUUCUUAUUCAAGUGCCUGCAUCUCCUGUUGAAGAUGCUCAUGAGCCUCCAGAUCCUAUUCAAACUGAAAAAGUUCGGAGGUGGAUUAAAGAUGUAGAGGAGGCAACCAAAUCUGAUACCAUAAACCUCGAUACCAAAACAGACUUAACAACGGAUGCAGGGGUUGAGGUUGAUAAUUAUGGGUUAGAGAGUGCCUCUAAGCCCGUGAGCGAUGAGGACUUUGAAGACACUUUAGAAGUUGAUACCAAUUCUCUGAAGACAUCAGAUAUUCACAGUGUUGUCAUCUCAGAUGAUAGAUCUUUGAGGCAACCAGCUAAUACCCAGUUUGUAGUUACCUUGGAUGGGCUUGACCCUCGAUUAUUACGGUCUUUUGCAAUGGAAGGUGACGGAUGUGCGGUUCAGAUGAAGGAACAGAUCGACGCUGAAUGCCAUCAAGAUGAUAGGGAAAGUCUCAUAAGGGAGGAGUUGGUAAAGGAGCAGCUUCUGCGUGAAGAGUUACUGAGGCAACAGGCAGCAAUCAGAGAACAAAAGGCAAAUCGGAACAAUGCAUCAACUGUGUCAUCAGUAGUUGCCCCUGUUAAGAGACCUGCUUCUCCUAGUUGUUUCUUAGAAACUCGACCUGCAAAAGUAUCAACAAUUCAGAACAAGCCUGCUACUUCUGAACGAUGUAAAUUCUGGCCCUCUUGUAAAAAUGGAGAAAAGUGUGAAUUCCAUCAUCCAACUGUGCCUUGCAAGUCUUUCCCCAACUGUAAAUUUGUCGACCGCUGUCUAUACAUUCAUCCAAACUGCCGCUUCAAUUCUAUGUGCACAAGGGCAGACUGUUCAUACACUCACACUGGUCCAAGACCAAGUCUCAGCACACAGACUGUUGGACCAAACCCUUUGACUAGUCAACCCAUCAAGCAAGCCUGUAAAUAUUUUCCUAACUGCAGCAACCUCAGCUGCCCUUAUAUUCAUCCAACAGUGUGCAAAUUUGGAACCCACUGCACACGUCCUAAAUGUCAGUUUAUACACAGUGACAAAGGACUCAUGACGAAACACAAGUGGGUCCGACAGUGAAGACUGAUCAAACAAUAGCAAACUAUGUUUCGGGGUGAUGUUGGUCAUGAUUUUGUCAUUACUGAAGCUUGAAGGUGAUCAGUAGUUAUAUCUGCCAAUUCAAGUGACGCUUGAUACUAACAGGACUGAAUUAUGAAUUAUUCUAAUGCGCUUCUGUGUAAAUAGAUAAAUUUGGAAAGGAGGGUAAAAGAAGUUAGGGGAAAGAAGAUUAAAGGUUUAUAAGGAAACAAUGAAAUUAUUGUUUUUGUGAGCUUGUUCAAAACUUUCAAAAUUGUUAUUGUUUUUUUCUCUUGUUGCAUAUCAGUUAAUGCAAAUAAGUAGCAAUGAUUCGUUCACCUACACAUCAUAAUGAUUCGAUUCACAUAUUUCAUUCAUUUUCUAGCUGCAUGAGUUUCACAUUUGUUUUGUUUUCUGUACACUGUGCAUCAAUAGAGUGUAAUUUUGUUAUACAGCUUCACAUCAGCCGUUGUAAAUAUAUUUUUCAAGGGACACUGGUGCAAAUUUCCUUUUAGAUUUUACAGGUCUAUUGGAGUGCAAUUUACUACGACUAAUUAGUCUGUGAUUGUUGAACUGAUGUAUUCUAUUAGUAGUCGAUUAGUAUAUUUUUGUCUUAUGAGAAUUGCAAGUGCAUAAGCACGAAAGGUUUUGCAACAUUGUAAGACUUGAGAGGAAUUUCAGAAUAAAACAGCUUAUGCAUGAGCAAGCAUUUGCUAUGAA